ACUUGAACAAAUAGACCAUUCCGAAUUUGAAAGUAGACCAACUUCUCCAUCACACAAAGAUUGAAACCAACCAAAGUCAAUUCCACUUUAAUAUAAAGACAGAAGAUAACUCAUCCACUCUCUCAAACACAAUUCAUAAACACAGAGCUUUUUUUCUGGAAACUUACAAGUAAUAGAGUUAAUAAUCAUUAAUAAGUGAUGCAGGCCAUUAGAAGGAUCCCAUCAGGAGAAGUCGCAGAGAUGCGUGAAAGAUCAGAGACGACUCGAGUCAGACGUAGGAGUCACGGUUCGGCUCUGAGAGUCCGACAGGCUUGCACGUGUUCGGGACGGCCUGGCUCCGCCAAGUGCGUGAGGCAUGGUUUUAUGGUGCCAAGUGACGGAAGCAGAGAGGUGUUGCGAAGAGCUUUGACGCCUCCUAUACGGCGGAUGAAUCUCCGGUGGUUGAAUUUCCGACCAACACCUAGCAGACUCUGUAGAAUGUCUUCCGUUUGAUAUUAAAAUUUGUAUACUUAAAACUGAGAACCUUUUUGUUUGUUUGUUUGUUUGAAUGUAAAUAAAAAAAGUUGACAUCUGUUUGUUCUAGUAAUGUUGGAAGUCAAAUAAGAUUCAAA